UAAAUAGACAUAAUAUAUGACCCUAAAACCACCGCCACCAAAAACUAUUACAAGACGAUUUACACCUCCACCCAAUAGAAAACAACCAAAAACCUGAAAUAUCUUCAACAAUUUCUAUGACAUAUACUAUCUGCCCAGAUUAUCACACUUUUCAAUCUAACUCUGCAAUAUUUGCGCAUUUCAUUUCCCCAUUUUUCCAAUGUUCAAGUAAUUGAAGAAAAGCUAACAUUAAAACCAUCCACAAUCAUCGCCUUGUUCUCUCUCUAAUUCUUCAAUAAUAAUUCUUGGUUGUUUUUUUGGGCAUCUGUGAAAUGUUGAGAUUGUGGCGAUGGUAUCAAAAUUGUUUAUCAGUACACCCAGUUAAGACUCAAAUGAUAAGUUCUGGUGUUCUUUGGGGAGUUGGAGAUAUUGCUGCUCAAACUAUAACUUUUUCAAUGGCCAAAAAAUCACUUCAAAUUUCUGAUAAGGAAAAGAAAUUGGAGAUCAACUGGAAAAGGGUUGCUGCGACAAGCUUGUUUGGCUUUGGGUUUAUUGGACCAGCGGGCCACUUCUGGUAUGAAGGUCUAGACCGUUUCCUGAAAGUGCGACUAAAAAUGCAACAAAAUUCCUUUCGGUUUGUUGGCUCUAAAGUUGCACUUGAUGGGAUCAUCUUUGGGCCUUUGGAUUUACUAGUUUUCUUUACAUACAUGGGCUUUUCUAAUGGAAAGAGCGUUCCUCAAAUUAAGGAAGAUGUGAAGAGGGACUUCAUCCCUGCCUUGGCCCUGGAAGGUGGCAUAUGGCCAAUCCUUCAGGUUGCUAACUUUCGAUAUAUACCUGUGCGGUAUCAACUUCUUUACGUCAAUGUCUUCUGCUUAUUGGAUAGCUGUUUCUUGUCAUGGAUUGAACAACAACAAGACGCGGCUUGGAAGCAUUGGUUUAAACAAUUUCUUCAUCUUGAAGGGCAAAAAGACAAAGGUGGAUGAUUGAGGUGUUUCUUUUAACUGUUUUUAAGGUGUCCCUGAUCCUGAAGAUACACGCUGAAGAAUAGAUUAAAGAGUUCAAUUGAAAAUCAUGCAAUGCCCGUAAAAGGGUUUUUGGUAUUAGAAAUGUUGAAGUCAUUUCCAUUCAAACCCAACCAUUGCACUGGUUUUUAUACAAAUGAAACAUAAAUAUGGUCGAUUCUUUGUUCUAUGAAAAGUGUUUUAGAUUCAUAUUCGGUUGAGGUGACAUUAAUGUAUUUCUUGCUUGCUGGCAUGAAAUUCUUAUUGUUAAAUUAAAUUUUUAACAGAGCAAAAGAUGUCGAAAA